AUGUAUCCGACCAGUACUGUCAGUCGACCGGUCGAAAUCGGUCUCCGACUUACUGGGAUAUGGCCGGACUCUUCGAUUUUCUUCAGACUGCUUUGGACGUUGGUGAUGGGAACAGGGCUGAUCUUCCAGUAUCAUUACCUUCUCAUACACUUUAGCACCAAGGAGCUGCCGAAUCUCAUUGACGGUUUAAGUACCACCUUGCCGUACAAUCUCCUUUUCAUCAAGCUGGUUGUCCUAUGGGUUAAUAACCGAAUAUUCAUCGACAUCCUGACGGCGAUGUCCAACGACUGGCACGAGUAUCCCAACAUGUACGCUAUGAUCGACAAGGCGGUCCUCGCGCAUCGCUGCUCGAAAUUGACCAUCGGUGUUUACUCGACAGCGGUGAUGCUUUACAGUACCGCGUCCAUCAACUUUCGCAAGCAGACCGACGAUGAUUGCCGAGAGAUGCUGAUAAAGAUGGAGUUACCCUUCGAAUUCUGUGAAUCACCAAUCUAUGAGAUCGUGACGUGCGUGCAAUUCGUUCACCUGAUGGCUGUGGCUUCCGCCAUAGGUAUGCUUGACGCAUUAAUGGUUACAUUGAUGCUGCACAUUGGUGGACAAAUAGAUAUUAUGCAACAAGAAGUGGAAAAGAUUUGCCCGAAGGAUAACGAAUAUGAUUUGCCCACUGCCUUUGUGAGAUCCUUGAUCAAUAAGCAUAAUAAAAUUAUCGCUUUCUCGGACAGCAUUGAGAGUCUUUUCUCUCACAUCGCGCUGAUGCAAUUCUUUUCGAAUACGUUGAUCAUAUGUUGCAUCGGAUUCCUCAUAGUAACUUCUUUGGGCACAGGUGAAGGCAUCAGGAUGUUAGUGAAGACCCUGUUUUUUUAUAUUGCUAUUACUUUGGAGGCGUUUAUCUUCUGUUUCGCUGGUGAAUAUUUGAGUAAUAAGAGCCAAACGAUCGGCAAUGCUGUAUAUGAAUCUGUUUGGUAUACUCUCAAGCCUCGGGAUUGCCGUAUUUUACUAUUUGUAAUAAUGAGAUCGCAAAGACGGUUGACGAUCACUGCGGGAAAGUUUUUGGAUUUAUCGCUGGAAGGAUUUACAAACAGUUUGAAAGCCUCCGCGUCGUAUAUAUCUGUUUUAUAUGCAAUGUAUUGAUGCUGAAGGAACUGUGUAUACACGCUGUGAGAAAGUCACAGUAUUAUUUAUUACCUUUUCUAUAAAUUAAUUGUA